AUGGCACCGUUCUUGCUGCAGCUGGUGGUUCUCUUCGCGGUGCUGGCGCUCGCAACCCUGAUAUUGAUUUCCUUUGUUGCAUUUAUAACUGCUAUGAAAAUGACACAGUUUCAUCAACAUGAAGAUGAGAAGUUCUUCUUAAAUGCCAGCGGCCAGAAGGAAUCUUUACCCAAUAUACGGGACUCACCUACCAAACAACUUUCUAUUGUCAUACCUUCAUAUAAUGAAGAAAAACGGUUGCCUGUGAUGAUGGAUGAAGCUAUGGGCUAUCUAGAAAAAAGACAGAAUAAAGAUCCGAUGUUCACAUAUGAGGUGAUAGUAGUUGAUGAUGGAAGUAAAGACCAGACUACAAAGGUAGCUUUUAAAUACUGCCAGAAAUAUGGAAGUGACAAAGUGCGUGUGAUAACACUGGUGAAGAAUCGUGGGAAAGGCGGAGCUAUUAGGAUGGGUGUUUUCAGUUCUCGAGGAGAAAAAAUACUUAUGGCAGAUGCUGAUGGAGCCACAAAGUUUUCAGAUAUUGAGAAAUUAGAAAAGGGACUGAAUGAUCUACAGCCUUGGACUCGUUCUUACUUCCGUACUCUUCUCAUGUAUGGGUUCCACUUUCUGGUGUGGUUCCUUUGUGUCAAAGGAAUCAAGGACACACAAUGUGGUUUCAAAUUAUUCACUCGAGAAGCAGCUUUACGGACGUUUUCAUCUCUGCACAUUGAAGGAUGGGCCUUUGAUGUGGAACUGCUGUACAUAGCGCAGUUCUUCAAAAUUCCAAUAGCAGAAGUUGCUGUCAACUGGACUGAAAUUGAAGGUUCUAAAUUAGUUCCAUUUUGGAGCUGGAUACAAAUGGGCAAGGACCUACUUUUUAUUCGACUUCGAUAUUUGACUGGUGCCUGGAGGCUUCAGCACACUAGGAAAAUGAAUUAG